CUUUAACUGUCGAAUAAUUUCUGCCUAAUAUUUGUUUCAACAGUCAACAUGGGCGACGCCGCACCAACACUACCCAACAAUAGCGCGGCACAAUGGAACAGAGAUCUGAUGCUCGAAUUCCAGGCUGCAUUACAGAGAAAUCCAGCGGCAGACCUGAUGUCAAUGUUCCCUGACUCAUAUAUUCAAGAUCAUCGAAACGCUCAAUACCGUCAAGUAUCUUACGCAGCGAGCAUUAAUUUGAGGGUAUUAGAUGAUCUCUACGACACUCUGAAGGACGAACCCGAAGUAAAUCUGCUAUCUGCAUUCCCAAAAAACUAUACUCGCAGGCUCACAAUGGCGACUGGACCAAAGGUUGUGCCAAAACAAGAGCCUGAGACAACAGGUCCUCCCGAGUUCCGAACACGUCUUGAUUAUGCAGAGACUGCUGCAGUUGUUUAUCCAUUGUCCGAUGUGGUCAAGGCUUUGCUUGCUUCAAAAGGAUGGCUGAAUAACACGUCAGAAAGCGCAGACAAAUCGCUUAUCUCAUCCUUGAAGAAACUCCUUUGGGAUUCAACAAAGCUCUGGGAGAGCACCGUCAGAGGCGUGGUGGUCCAGUGCAACGAGGACAUUGUUGCCAAAGUCAUCACAGGAAACGGGGAUUAUACCGAGUACACAAGCAUGCAAUAUCUCAAGAGGGAAGUGCCCGAUAUUCCUGCUCCCAGGCCCCGUGGACUGAUAGCAUUCGGUCCUUUUCGCGUCAUAUUUAUGACAUACAUUCCAGGCACAACUUUAGCCCAGGCAUGGCCUAGCCUGCUACAUGAAGACAAGCUCUCGAUACAACGGCAGCUGAAUGAUACUUUCUAUCGCCUGAGAACUCUUCAACAGGAUGACGGUAAAGUACUUGGUGGAGUUCAUGGAGAAGGGGUCAAGGCACCUCAUGUCGACGAAUGCGCUCUAUUUAAAGGCAUCACAACAACUAAGGAGUACACCGACCUGCAAUUUUCUGCUCGUCACCAUGGCAGCACCACUUAUAUUAGCCUCCUCUGCGCGUUCCUUGAACAUGACAAGUCGACUUUGAUGAAUAAGUCAGUGUUCACCCACGGUGAUGUCAGACCUGAUAAUAUCAUGGUGAAACAGGAUCCCAGUUCCAGCGGACAAUAUGUUGUUACUGGGAUCAUUGACUGGGAGGACAGUGGUUUCUAUCCAUUUUACUAUGAAUGCACCACAUUAACAUAUACUAUGAAUCUGGUAAAUGAAGAUGACUGGUAUCUUUAUCUGCCCGAGAGCAUCUCACCGUUGGAGUUCCCUGUGCGUUGGCUGGUUGAUCGACUUUGGCUGAUUCAUCUCAGGACUACAUAGGUCUUGAUACCAUAAUAUAGAAAGUGUGAUGCAAUGAAUAGUUCUGACGUUUUCCAUAUUAAUAUCAUGCGUCAUCUUGGCGAGCG